UCGGCUGCCUGGGUGCGACCAUGCUUCCUCGCUGGGCAAAGCAUCCCUUUGGUGCUUCCCCUAGAGCAGCGCCGCGGCUGCGGGAGCAGGAGAGACCCUCCGAGCCCGGGGACUGCAGGCUGACGCCGUUGCUCGUGGAUCCCGACAGGACGAGCACCCACAUGAUCUCGGCAGACGAUGCCGAGUACCCGCGGGAGUACCGCACCUUGGGCAACGGCACGCGGCGCUUCUCCAACGUAGGGCUGGUGCACACCUCGGAGCGCCGGCACACCGUCAUCGCCGCCCAGAGCCUCGAGGCCCUCACCGGCCUCCAGAAGUCGGAGAUGGAGCGCAAGCGGGACGCCUUCAUGGACCACCUGAAGAACAAGUACCCGCAGCACGCGCUCGCGCUCCGGGGGCAGCAGGAGCGCAUGCGGGACCAGCAACCCAACUACUGGAGCUUUAAGACCAGGAGCUCCCGGCACUCGCAGGGCUCCCAGCCUGGCCUGGCCGACCAAGCCAAGCUCUCCUUCGCCUCGGCCGAAUCCCUGGAAACCAUGUCGGAAGCGGAGCUGCCGCUGGGCUUCAACAGGAUGAAUCGGUUCCGGCAGAGCCUGCCCCUGUCCCGCUCCACCAGCCAGACGAAGCUGCGCUCACCAGGGGUCCUUUUCCUGCAGUUUGGGGAUGAGACGAGGCGCGUCCACAUCACCCACGAGAUCAGCAGCAUGGACACCCUGCACGCCCUCAUCGUCCACAUGUUCCCCCAGAAGCUCACGAUGGGGAUGCUGAAGUCUCCCAACACUGCCAUCCUCAUCAAGGACGAGUCGCGCAACGUCUUCUACGAGCUGGAGGAUGUCCGUGAUAUCCAGGACAGGAGCAUCAUUAAAAUCUACAGGAAAGAGCCCCUGUAUGCCUCCUUCCCAGCCUCGCACAUCACCAACGGCGACCUGAGGCGGGAGAUGGUUUACACCUCCCGGGAGUCAUCUCCCACCCGCCGGCUGAACAACAUGUCCCCAGCCUCUCACCUAGCCUCCAGCUCCCCUCCGCCCGUGCUGCAGUCCUCCUCCCCGUCCCGCUCCCGCAUGUCCUACAGCGGGGGCCGCCCGCCCUCCUACGCCGGCAGCCCCGUCCACCACGGCGAGCGCCUCUCCAACCUGCCGCCCGCGCCGGGCGUCUCGCCAAGCCCCAGCGCCAUCCUGGAGCGCCGCGACGUGAAGCCGGACGAGGACCUGGCCGGGAAGAACAUGGUGCUGGUGAAGAACGAGGGGCUGUACGCCGAUCCCUACAGCAUGGUGCACGAGGGCCGGCUCAGCAUCACCUCCACCCAGUCCCUGGCCGGCAUGGGGGACCCUUUCGGCUACUCCGGGGGGCUCUACAAGCGGGGCUCCGUUCGCUCCCUCAGCACCUACUCCGCGGCCGCCUUGCAGACGGAGCUGGAGGACAGCCUGUACAAGCCCAACGCGCAGAUGUACAGCGACACGUACGGCCCCGGCCUGGGGUUCCGCAUGCCCCCCUCCUCCCCGCAGAAGAUGGCCGAUGGCCGCCUGGUGGACGUGCAGCCAGGGCAGAGCCCCCACAGCCCCUACUCGGGGCCGCCCAGCCGGUCCUCGCCCGUCCGCCAGUCCUUCCGCAAGGACUCCUGCUCCUCCGUCUUCAUGGAGAGCCCCGUCAGCAAGCCCCGCAACCCCAGUGCCUCGGGGCCCCCCGAGCUCUUUCCCGGCCCCAGCGACCGCCCGCUCUCGGGGUUCAGCUCCCCAGUGCCAGCCAAGGAUACAGAAACGAGGGAGCGGAUGGAGGCGAUGGAGAAGCAGAUCGCCAGCCUGACCGGGCUGGUGCAGAGCGCGCUGCUCCGCGGCUCCGAGGCAGAGACCCCCAGUGAGAAGACAGAAGCCACCAACGGCGGGACCCCCCCAUCAGCGUCGACCAGCCGCAGCGGCAUGGGGACCCCGGUGCCCGCGCCCCCGCCACCCUCUGCCACCAGCACGCCAGCGGGGCAGCCCACGGCCAUCACCCGCCUGCACAUGCAGCUGCACCUCCACGACCUGCAGCAGAACGCCAGCGACCUCCGCAACCAGCUGCAGCAGCUCAAGAAGCUGCAGCUGCAGAAUCAGGAGACGGUGAAGACGAUGCUGCGGCGGACGGAGACGGAGAUCAGCGUGCGGGUGACCGAUACCAUGCGCAAGCACGAGGACCCCCUGCAGCGCCAGCGCAGCCUGGUGGAAGAGGAGCGGCUCCGGUACCUCAACGAGGAGGAGCUGAUCACCCAGCAGCUGAAUGACCUGGAGAAGUCGGUGGAGAAGAUCCAGAAGGACCUGGCCCACAACCACCGGCUCAUCCCCGUGCAGGAGCUGGAGGAGAAGGCCGUGGUGCUCAAGCAGCUGGGGGAGACGCUGACAGACCUCAAGGCCCAGUUCCCCAGCCUGCAGAGCAAGAUGCGGGUGGUGCUGCGGGUGGAGGUGGAAGCCGUGAAGUUCCUCAAGGAGGAGCCCAACCGCCUCGACGGGCUGCUCAAGCGCUGCAAGACGGUGACAGACACCCUCGCCCAGAUCCGCAGGCAAGUGGACGAGGGCGUGUGGACCCCCCCCAACACCCUCAGCCAGUCCCCCAAGAAGAUGGCCCCCGAGACAGACUUCAGCAAAGGGCUGGACCUGGAGAUGCCCACCAGCCCCCCAGUGAGCCUCCACCACCUGACGGCUGCCACCGAGACCCUGGGCAUGCCCAGCUUCGGGCACAGCCCCCCCCAGACCCAGACCCACCCCUCCAAGAGCAAUAACCCUUCCCGAGCUCCGGAGAUGGUUCCUGCCAAGACCCAGACGGGCCCGGAGACUCCCAGCAAGAAGAGCGCAGACAAAGCCGUGUCUGUGGAGGCUGCCGAGCGGGACUGGGAGGAGAAGCGGGCAGCGCUGACCCAGUACAGUGCCAAGGACAUCAACCGCCUCCUGGAGGAGACGCAGGCCGAGCUCAUGAAGGCCAUCCCCGACCUGGACUUCGCUGCCAAGCACAAGCAGGCCACGGGCGGCAGCAGCGCCGCGUCCACGCCCGAGCACAAGCCCUCCAAGCCGCAGCACGCACAGAAGUCCGCGGGCAAGGCCGACCCCAACGGCCGCAGGGGCUCAGACGAGCUGACGGUGCCGCGGUACCGGACCGAGAAACCCUCCAAAUCGCCGCCGCCUCCCCCUCCCCGCCGGAGCUUCCCCUCGUCCCACGGGCUGACCACGACCCGCAGCGGCGAAGUCAUCGUCACCAGCAAGAAGGAGCCUGGAUUUAUGAAGAAAGCCGAGUCGGAGGAGCUGGAGACCCAGAAGCCGCAGGUGAAGCUGCGACGGACGGUGUCGGAGGUGGUCAGACCUGCAUCCACCCCGCCCAUCAUCGCCUCUGCCAUCAAGGACGACGAUGACGAGGACCGCAUCAUUGCGGAGCUGGAGGUGUUUCAGAGAAGCUCUGCCUCCCCUUUCAUUCCCAAGCUCCGUUACGAUCCGCCCGCGGCUGCCGUCUCCCCUGGGCACGCAGACAUGUGGCCCAAUGGAGCCUCCGUUGCAGCCGAAGGAUGGAAGGAGCCGGUGGCCCCGGCCCCCCCGGGGAGCAGGGCUUUCUCCCUCCCGCAGAUUGUGCUCACCGAGUGGGAGUCUGCGCCGCCGUCCCCUGAAACCGAACCCGAGGUGCCAGUGGAAAUGGGCUGCUCCGAGCAUGGGGACCCAGCUGGCAGCGGAGGAGCCGGAGGGGAGCUUGCACCUGAGGCAGGGGGGAGAUGCCAAGUGUCUGCUGGCACCCCCAGAAAGUCUCCAUCCAUGCCCGGGGGCCUUCCAGCCUCAGCCCCGCAGUCCCAGAGUGCCCCAUCCCGAGGCUGUGAGCACGCACCAGGAGAGACUCGCAGGUUCCCUCCGGCAGACAGCAAGGUCCCGUCUCCCCCAAAGCGAGGAGCGAGCCAGCCCACCGGGGCAGAAGGAGAGGACACUGCUCUGAGCCCUGCCAGGAGGCAGGAAGGCAGCAGCCAGACUGCACCGCAAGGUCCUUUGGUUGAGCAGCCUCCUCACCCCCGAGGGCAGGCCACAGAUCCGGGGGCCGAAGACACAGCGCUUGUCCCAGGUGCAGGCAGCCACAGGCCCAGCGCCGUCCCCAGUGAUGCAGAGCCCCGAGGAGGAGCCAGGCAGAGCACACGGGAGGCAUCCGUCCCUCCUGGAUGCUCCAACGGGGUUUGCAAACACCUGCAGAGGGACCAGCGCGACGGCUUGCCAGUGCCAAAAGCCAGGCGUCCCGCGGGCUGUGACCACAUCCAGGGGAGUGGAUGGUGCCAGGCUGGGCACCCCCAGGGGCAGGUCACUGCUUCCCCAGGGCCUCACCAGUGUGCAGUAUCACCGGGCUGGAACAGCGUGGGUCCGGCUGCCGGGGCAGGAGGAGGCGAGGAGGAUGCAGGUGGGAAGGCAGCGGAGGGGCUCUGCUGCCCCGCUCCUCGGGGAAGGAGCAAAGGGGACGUGUCCCCCCUGCACAGCAUGUCGCCACGCAGCAAGGAGAUUUAUAAAGGCACGUACCAGAGACUGGAUAGCCUCGAAGAAACUAUCCGUGAGCUGGAAAUUACCAUCAGCGAGAUCAGCAGCCACCCUGCAGCCGAAUUUAUUUUCCCUAAAGAACUGCUAGGACAAGCAGUGUCUGAUGGCAGCGAGGAGACAAAGGCGGGUGCGGGGCACCUCGAGCACAGCGGCUGUGAUGGUGGAACUGCCCUGGAUCUCAGCCGGCCCAAAGAGGAUGCUCCUGAGAGCCCGUCUCUGAGCCAGACCAAGCCACCUCUGCUACCCAAGCCACAGCUCCCCCUCAGCAGCCCUCAGAGCGGUGGCGUUUCCAUCCCGGCCAUGAAGAUGGUGAACCCGGCAUCCAGGCUGAAGCAGAGCCAGCAGGGCAGCCCCGACAAAAGCAAGCACAUAAAGCAGCGGAUGGAGUACAUGCGGAUCCAGGGACAGCAGCAGUAACUCGUGGAACCAGCUCAUCUCGUGCUCUGUUUGUGGUGGACCUUUUCCAGCUGCUUGACCUCAGGCCUAAAUCAAUGCUGCUUCUGAACAAACUCCUGUUUCAUUUUGUUUUAUUUUUUUCCUUUUUUUUCUUUUUCUUUUAUUUUUUUGGUCUUUUUUUAAGAAACUGUUUGACUUUCCUCCCCUUUUCCUCCUCCUCCUCCUCCUUGAAUCUUGCUUUUCUUUCUAGGCCGCUAGACCAUCUAAAGAGGCUAGUGAGACUUCCCCUGCAGUCUCAGAAAAACCUGCAUCUGGCAGAACAUCCAUCCCUGUAUUGACUUCCUUUGGGGCAAGGAACUCAUCCAUCUCAUUCUGAGCCUCCUUGCCAGCUCCAUCCAACCGUUUUCCUGCUCCUGGGGCCGGGCUUCUCUCUUCCUUGUGCUCCUCCCUUGGACUGUCUUCUUGAGGCACCUUGAGGCAUCGCCACGUGUCCCUCUCUUUGUUUUAAAUGUCUUGCUCCAAUGUGGCCGACCUCGUGUCUCGCCUCUGCUCCGGCACGGCCCAACUUCUGUCUCGCCUCUGCUCCGGCACGGCCCGACUUGUGUCUGCCUCUGCUCCGGCACGGCCCGACUUCUGUCUCACAUCUUGCUCCAAAAUGGCCAACCAGCCACUUUCUGUUUCUUUCUCUCUCUCUCUCUCUCCCCCUCUUUCUUUUGUUUUCCUUUUUUAUUUUCGUUGGUUUGUUUGGGUUGCUGUCGUUUUUGGUUCUCGAUCCCUCCCUUCCCCACCUGCCGUUUUCUGUUUAUUUAAGAGCUCUCAGAGCUUCACCCCACCAGUUUCACGAGCUUCAAGCAACAAGGACGCGGCGCGGCGCCCGACCCCGCCUGCGCAGGCGGCAGCCGCCCAAAAGCCGAAGGAGGUGGCCGGGGGGCGCAAAGCAGGCAAAAAGCGGCUGCCGAGGACGCCCCCGCUGCCCCUCGCCCUGCCCGCCGCCCGCUCUCCCCGCUGAGCUUCUCGGCCGCCGCGACUCCGCCGAGCCCUGAGGGGACGAUGUCCGCGCCCGUCGGGCCUCCGUGGGCAGAGCUGCGGCCGCGCUCGCUCCGGCGCUCGCCGAAGGUCGGUGCUGGCUCCGAGGAGCAUCCUGAGCCCCCGGCCCCAUGGGGCUCGCUCUGCCAUAGGAUGGGUGGCCAGGAUGGAGCCCAGGUGCCCCUGAGGUGCCCAGGGGGGACUGGGGUUUGCUGGGGCGCCCAGAGGUUGAGCAUGUAAAAUUUGGGGAGGUGGAAACGGGUAGGGAAAGGGGGUGCGGGGGGGCGCCGGGGAUCAUCCCCCAUCACUGUAGGUUCGUAACGUAGCACUUUAAUUGUUCGUCUGGGUCAUCAUGGUGGCUGGGGCAGAGGGACGCUGCGAUGCCCGGGGGCUCUGCCUGCACGGGGACACCCUGAUGGACCCGUGUCCCCCUGAACAUCACCCAGCGCCCUCAGGAUGUCCCAGAGCCCCCCCCCUGCAGCAGGGCUGGGGUCAGCAGGCUGAGCGGGGCUGGACGGGGCAGCACCGGGGGUGGUCGCUGGGGAUGAGCCCAGCCCCAGCCCUGCCAUGAUGCCCAGGGGGCCGGGGGCCAGGCCGCCUGCCUGCACCCCCCCGCUGCCAGCCCAGCCCGGCGGGUGUGCAAGGUGAGCGCUGUGCGUGUGUGCGUGUGUGCAUGUGUGCGCGUGUGUGCCUGUGUUCAAUGCCGUGUUGUGAAGCGCACCGUCCACCCGCAGUGCAACAAGAGAUCGAAUCACUCCUUUCGUUGGCUAGUUCGUUGUUGGGUUGUUUUUUUUAUUAUUAUUUUCUUCUUUUCCCCUCUCUUUUUUUGUAUAUCAAUCAUUUUUGUACAGAAGAACGAGCCUUUUUUGAAUAACAAAGAGAAAAAAAAGCAAAAAAAAAAAAAUCAUGAUGCAAUUUCUUUGGAUUGCAAAAAGCAACUCUUUACAUUUAAGUGAAGUGUCUUAACAUUUUAUAUUGUUUUAAAAAAUAUAUUUACAUAUUAUAUAUAUAUAAUAUACGUAAUAUAAAUAUAUAUAUAAAUAUUUAAAAAAAGAAAAGAAAAGAAAUAAAUCUCUUCAUGUCUGGUAUAUUAGGGGGUGGAUUUUCUUCCCCGGUUAAACUAUAGCUCCUUGUGAUUUUGAGAGGGUCAGUUCCUAGCGGCUUGUUAGCCCUCAUGCUGAGUUGGCAUCCUCCUUCCACCCCCUUCUGUGGCCCGUCCUUGUCCCUGUCCCCGUCCCCGUCCUGCCCCUCACCAAGGCAGCGGUGGGUCGGGGUCGGGGUCGGGGUCAGGAGCCCGGGGCCGGUGGCUGCCGGUGACAGCCAUGGGGCCACGCGUCGAGGCCGGGACCUGGGGCAGGGGGCAGCGGCUCCUGGCAGCAAUAGCAGUCACUUGAUGCGUUUAAUUUAAUUUGUAAUUACUUUUUCUUGGUACCAAAGUGAAACACUGUAGCAAAGCCACAGCUUCUUAUGGAUUUUUGGGAAGGGGCCGUGCCUGGCCCCCUCCCCAGCCCUCCCUGCCCCAGUGCCCCAGUGGCCAUGCAGGGCUGGCCGUGCCCCCAAUCCCUCCCAACCCCAAGCACAGGGGUGCGAGGGCACCCGGGGCCUGCCCCACUGCAGGGCUCAGCACCUUGCAGCCAGCCCUGGGGGGGGUGCAGGGUGUUUGUGGGGGGUGUCCCAUCUGCCUCCAGCCCCAUGGGGACGUGGCCAUGCAUGCACAGAGCUGUCGGCAGUGCCGCAGCAUCCUCCUGCACUGGCGUGUGCCCUGCGCCGGGUGGUGUCGGGGCGCCCAGGGCAGUGCAUGAGGGACCCCCGCCUGCACAGAGUGAAUUGGGGGGGGGGGGGUACAGGGGGCACUCUGCAGCUGUGAGUGAGCUCAUGCCUGGGGGGGGGGGGGGGAGGGAGGUCCACAGCCCCUCGCUGCGCCCCAACCUUGCUGUGGGUGUUGGCUGCUGCCUGCCCGAGCAUUGCCAAGGGGUGCACCGGGACCCUGGCCCCGGAGCAGCCUGCAGCGGGGGCACGUGGAGCUCCGGGCCACCCCCUUCUCUUAUCCCUCCCACCCCUCCUGGCUGCCCACCAGGCUGGUUUUCUAUGUGAGCGUGUCUCUGCGUGUGUGCGUGCGUGUGCAUCCGUCAUUUCAUGGCAUCAUGCAAACUGUGUGUGAGCACCGAGCCUGGUGCUUUUGCUGAAGCACGAGAACAAAAAAAAAAAAAAAAAAAAUCUGCUUGAUUCUGAUUUAAACUGAAAAGAGACAAAAAAAAAAAAAAAGUUGCAAAAAUGACCAAAAAAAAAAAAAAAAAAAAAAAAAAAAAAGAAAAAAAAACAAGUGCUGCCUGCAUCGUGCAUGUGUCUGGAGGCGCCCGCUGCAUGCGCAUCCCGCUUUACUCGUCUGAAUGUUGUUUAAGAAAAGGUUACAACUUUUAAAAGGACAAAAAAAAAAAAAAAAAAAAAAAAAAAAGAUUCCUAAUACUCUUUAGAGGCUGUUUUGGGGUUUCUACAAUGUCGUGUGUCUCUUAGCAUGAAUUUUCUUGUGAACUGUUUUAAAAUUUAAGAAAACAAAAACAAAACCAAGGACUCGCCGGGGCGGCGGCGGGGCCGGGCAGGGCGCGGGCUGGCCUCGCCGCGGCCGGGCCGGCUGUAGCGUAGUCUCUGUAUCUCUGUAUGGAUGCCAUGGGUAGUUCUGUGCGAAACGUGACCAUUGUAACUUGCAAACUCCGAUGACAAAGGGUUGCUUUUUAUUUUUCUUUUCCCUUUACUACUUUUAUUUUCUAUCAGAGUGUCUGGCUUUAAUAAAAUACUUUCUUUUCUCU